UGUGUGUUUACAUCAGCGGGUUCACGCGCAGCUGCCGCGCGCAUGCUAACGCUAGUCGCUUUCUAGAUGUUUCGUUUUCGUUUUCGCGUAAACCUCGACGGUAAACAAUAACACCAACCCAGGGAUUGUGCUGUGACAAGAGACAAAAGGAAGUGCGACAAACGCAGUAGUGUGUGUGUGUGUGUGUGUGUGUGAGAGAGAGAGUGAGUGAGAGCGUGUGUGUGUGUGUGUGCGUGCGCGCGCUCGCUUAAUCGGCGUCAUGGAGGAGCUGGCAGUGGAAGUGAGGGGUGCGAGCGGGGCUUUCUACAAGGCUUUCGUCAAGGACGUGCAUGAGAAUACUGUCACUGUGACGUUUGAAAACAACUGGCAGCCAGAGCGACAGAUACCUUUCCAUGAUGUGCGGUUUCCUCCUCCUCCUGGGGUGCAGAAAGAGAUCACAGAGAGUGAUGAGGUCGAGGUGUACUCCAGGGCUAACGACAAGGAGCCAUGUGGGUGGUGGCAAGCCAAAGUGCGCAUGGUAAAAGGCGAGUUUUACGUCAUUGAGUACGCGGCCUGCGACGCCACGCUGAACGAGAUCGUGACGUUAGAGCGGCUGCGGCCCAUCAACCCAAACAAAGCCACGGCGAAGAACCCCUUCCUCAAAAUCAGACUGGACGUUCCAGAAGACCUGCGACAGAUUUGCGCAAAAGACUCAGCUCACAAAGAUUUCAAAAAAGCCGUGGGAGCAUUCAACGUCACAUAUGACUCAGAUAAAAAGCAGCUAGUCAUUCUGUCAGUCAACGAAGUGACCACUAAACGGGCGACCAUGUUGACGGACAUGCACUUCAGGAGCCUGCGCACCAAAAUGGCACUCAUUCUAAGAAACGAAGAAGCCAGCAGGCAGCUGGAGAGCUCUCGUCAGUUAGCGUCAAGGUUCCACGAGCAGUUUGUGGUGCGCGACGACCUGAUGGGUUUGGCCAUCGGCACACACGGAGCCAACAUCCAACAGGCCCGCAAAGUUCCCGGAGUCACCAACAUCGAUCUAGACGAGGAGACAUGCACCUUUCAUAUCUAUGGAGAGGACCAGGAGGCCGUGCGCAAAGCCAGGAGCUACCUGGAGUUUUCGGAAGAUGUUAUCAGGGUACCCAGGAAUUUAGUAGGCAAAGUCAUUGGGAAGAGCGGGAAGCUGAUUCAGGAGGUCGUGGAUAAGUCCGGAGUCGUCCGAGUCAGAGUGGAACCAGAAAACGAGAAGAAAUCUUCUCCACUGGAGGAGGGCAUGGUGCCGUUUGUAUUUGUUGGGACGAAAGAAAGCAUCUCAAACGCACGCCUCCUGCUCGACUACCACCUCAACUAUCUCAAGGAGGUGGAUCAGUUAAGGAUGGAGAGGCUUCAGAUCGAUGAGCAGCUGCGACAGAUCGGCGGAGGCCCCAGAGCUCCAUCAGGCCGACCAGAGAAGGAGAAACCGUUCAGCUCUGAUAACGGCAUGGGACAUCCCCGAGGGGGCAAGCCGUUCGGCCGUGGCGGGGGACGAGGGAGACGAGGGCAUACGUUUGCGUCAGGCACCAAUUCUGAAGCGUCCAACGCAUCCGAGACCGAAUCGGACCACAGAGACGAGCUGAGUGACUGGUCCUUGGCUCCCACCGAUGAAGAGUCUGUGGGAUACCCCAAACGGGUUCCAGAUGGACGGAAGAGGGGAGGCGGUGGCGGUCGAGGACGGGGAAGAGGAGGAAGAGGAGGAGGAGGUUACAAAAGUGAGGACGUGCACUGGAGUGAGUCACGUCCCAGGAACUCCAGAGACUCCAGAGACUCAAAGCCGAGGCUGCAGGAGGAUUCACUACAGAUUCGCGUCGACAGCAAUAACGAGAGGAGCGUCCACGCCAGCCGAGGCUCUCAGGGCCCCAGUGGAGACCCCACCGGCCCCCGACAGAGGACCGUCAAGGAUCGAGGGAUAAAGAAAGAAAAGCAGGAAGGCCAAGACAGCCAGGUCGUCAUGAACGGCGUGUCGUAAUUUGGGAGGGAUGGGGGACCAAAAAACACCAUGUCUAAUCUCUUCAACAACUCCACCGUUCCAGAAGCUUCUUUCAUUAGAGACGUAUAUUAGGCCAAAGAGAACCAGGUCAGUAGGGCUUAAGAAGAAAAAAAAGAAGACAUGACAUCAAGCACAUUUUGUAACUGUUAACGGGGGUACUAGACAAAAACGUCUCGGCUGUCUCUGAAUUUUGUAGUCUGCGUUGAUUAGAGGUGUCGGUCUCUAAAUCGAAAGUUUUGUAAUCGACUUUCUAGGCAACUAACAAAGCUGUGGGUGUUUAAAAAACAAAAAAAUGAAUAAAAAGUGUGUGUUUUUUGAUUUUUGUUCACAUCAGGGGGAGUUCAGAUUUGAAUGAAAUGUCUGUGCCAUCUCUUGUGGCAAGAUUUUUUUUUUAUUAUUAUUAUUCUUUUCCCCUUCACACUGUUUGAUGUCUGUUUAUUGUAGAGCCCAUUAUGAUGUGGAGGUUUCAGCUGCAUUGCUUAAAAAAAUAGACAAGUAGUAAUAAUAGACCUACUCCUAGAUGAUCUGUGCCUUUAACUAGUGGGAUAGUUUCUGAAUUUGGAUUUAAAUCAGGGAAGACAUGGAUUCUACAUAAUCUCAGCCAAUGAAAAAAAACAACAAAAAAAAAACAUGGUGCAUGUACAGUAAUUCACAUGUGACAUUUUUGGUACAUCUAAAGGGCAAAUCUUCAUCUAUUUCUUUUUUUUUUUUUCCUUCCCACUUGAUUGUGUAAAGGUGAGAUCGUCCCAAGUGACGGAGUACUUCGAGCAUCACUUGGUGUGUGGUAUACUAAUUUAAAUAUUUAAAUGAGACAUGUUAGCUUUUUAACGAACCGUCUUUAGCUGUAGUAGCCAUCUAUUGUUUACUUUUUUUUGUUCCCCUUCUUCGUCAAAGUAUGCACCAUCCAAACUUUUUAAUAGCGAUGCUUACAGAGAGUAAGUGAAACUCAUUCUAAGCCGUGUCCAGUCGCUGCCCCCUUCGUCUGUUUACUCCACUUUCAUGUUCAGGUGUUUAAAAAAUAAAAAAUAAGGAAAAAAAAUUAACAGAAACGAAAAAAAAGCACUGAUAUCAGAUAUUGCUGUAAAAGCUUCAUCAUCGGUAACAGCGUAUUGUACAUGACAUGCUCGCUGUUAUUUUGAAGUUACUUUUCAAGCGUGCACUUACUUACUUAUUUACUUACGUUUCGUGUUCCUCAGCAACUACUUGGUUUUUACAGAUACCCGCUCGCAUUGAGACAGGCGAAUCACUUGUACGCCCUCGUCUCGGCGAACAGAACGGACUUUCUCAUUUUUCGACUCUGCUGUACUUUGUAAUUAUUAUUUUUUUUUUCUGCUUAGGGAGGUAAGAUGAAGAAGAUGUGACCUUCGAGACUGAUAAAAAGCUGUGUUACCUGCUCAGUGCUUGUGCGUUUUUUUUUUUUUUUUUUUUUUUUUUUAGUUUACAGUUUAGAGGUUUAGAAGAGUGUUCUAUACCUAGAUGUUUUCUUUUUUCCCUUUUUAGGUUUGUUUCCUAUCUUAUUUUCCUUCGUUAUUUGGAAACUUACUGUGACGCUAACCCUAGUAGUUCUUUCCCCUUCUCUCUGUACAGCUGUAACAGUAACGGUUCAUUUAUACCUGCUAUUUCCUGUUAGAACUAUCUUUACCAGUGACGAGAAGUCAGACCUACUUGUUGCAGCUUAAUCCACGAUCUUGAUCUGAUUUUUGCCUGAAUCAACAUCCUGCGAGAAACAUGCAAGGCUAAACGCUAUUGCAGUGAGCAUCAGUGAAUAAUGUUCUACACAAUAACUUGUUUAGCAGAAACGGGCGAGAUUUAGAUAGACUGAAAUCCUGAUGUCCAGGAUGGUCUGCUGUUUUUUCUUUUUCUUUUUUCCCCCCCUCCUUAUUUAACACACCUACUGCAACCUGAUGAGUAAACAUAAACUACACUAUUAUAGUCCAUGGUACCGAUGCUCACCAUCAAAAAUGAAGUUACUAAAAUGUAUCUACUUUUCCCUUUUCCUUGUUGUAGUGGUACCAUCAAGGCUUCUUGUCCUCUUCUACAUUUAGGGUGUUUAGUUCACCUGGGAAAUACAGUAGAUGAGACUUUUAAAUUAAUGUUAAAUAUAAGUUUUCAGGAGGUUAGUUUUUACCUGGAAAGGUGUGCAUGGUGAACAAAGUAAAACUACAUCCUCGAUCUAGUUAAGUACAAAAGAUGCCGGCUUAAUGGUAGCCCCUCAGCGAGAAGGAAAAGUACUUUUAUUUUAGCAUGACGUGUAAGAGCAUCACAGUUUGCUUAAACAAACCAACAUGCUGGCGUAAAUGUAUUUUAGCAACCUUAAUUCAACCUUAAUUGAAUUCUUUUAUAAAUGUUCAGAUUUAAAUUUGCUGCACCUUAUUCAGGUUUGCUUUGUGAUGGGUCUGGUUCAGAAAUAUUACUACUACUACUACUUGUAAAAUAGUAUUGGGAUUUUCAUUUUUACUUAAAAGUUAACAACAAAGUAUAAUUCUUACUAUUCAUGUUAAAAGAUAAAAUGGUUUAAGCUUUUUGUUUGAUAGUUUCAUCUUAAUUUAUUUGUAGUAGCAGCAGUAAUAAUGCUAUUAUUAUUUUUAUUAUUAUUAACAAACAUUAACAUUAUUAUUAACAGUUAAUAAAAAUAAUAGUAGUAGGAGCAAUAAUAAUAACGACGACACAAGCAGUAGGUUUGUUAAAUAGGGAACUCGCCCACUCUUGCUUGACUCCAAACAGAGAGCGUUCUCCAUUCAGGAGUUUCUUUGCAAUCUCUUUAUGCAAAAACUCCUACAAGACUCAAUUUGUGACAGUCUGUUAACGUGAAGUUUGAAAUAAAUAAAUAAAUAAAUAAAAACAACUGUUCUGAAAAUCCCAAAUGUUGCCAAACAGACUGUUUUUCCUAGUUAUUUAUUUUUCAGGCUGUUCAUGAGUUUACAAAAGCACCCAAAUUUCCAGGUUUCCAUCUCUCGCUCAUAUUGUAGGCUGUUGUGAAGAAUGAAUGAAUUAAUUAAAAUAAAAACAGGAAAGAUACAAUUAGACAGGAAAAAAAAAACAAGAUAAACUGUAGAUACUGAACCAAGGUAGACUGACCUUGUAUGUACUGCACUUUGGGUAAGAAUUUCUUUGUACAUAAAUAGCAAGACAGACUGGGUUUUAUGUUGACAUUGUUUGGUUAUAGUGCAAUAUAUUUUGUAUGCAAGCAGUUUCAAUAAAUAAAGGUUGAUCUUCCUCUGCAA